AUGUUGAAGCCCUUUCAAAUCAGAAACCUUCGGGUACCCGCUCAGCACCAACCCGAGCAACCUGCCGAUUCUCGUACUUCUUCGGGGGUGGUCCAGAUUUCUGCUACAGAUUACGAUGAUUUAGCGUCAAACCAUCCCCGCGCAAGGCUAACUUAUAUUGAUGACGAUGAUGAUGACGAAACAAUCACCGUUGGAUCAGCUCUCGAGCUCUCUCAGCGCCUUGAGGAGCCCCUAGACCUUAACGCACAGAUUGAAUCUGUCCAGCUUUCUCCCAAUGACAUCAGUCCGAUGCACAUAUUUGACAUUCGUCGAUCCAACUCCGUGACCGAGUUGUGGAAGCGAUUUGAAGGCAACGCUUCAAAACAAGGCACGGCUGGUGAGAAGAAAGACACGCAAGCUACUUCGGAGGCUAUUGUUCUCGAAGAGCAACAUGAGGUGCCAGUUUCUCAUAUCACAAGCUCGCCACCUAUCUCUGGGCAUCAACCUCGGCCUUUGAUGGAAGCCUUUGAGGCCGAGCUAGCGGGGAUGAUGAAUACUGCCGGGUCCCCGGAGAGUAGAGUACCUCAACCUGAUGCGCCACCGACUAGUGAAACAUCAGCCAACACAAACUCAGGGCGAUCCCUUCAUCCCGUUGAGGUUCUAGCGGGACAGGUUCUAGACCAGCUGAUCAACGGCGCUACUAUGGUACAAUCUGAAUGGAGGUCAAAAAUUCCUGAGCUACAGCGACAGCUACAGAAUGCUCAGAGACAGAUUGAGGCUGCACAAAGAUCUCUGCCUGAGAACGUGGAAUCUUCACUGCGAACACUACUUGCCACUGUUGAGGCUCACCUAAGAACUGCAUUUAAUAAUAUUCCAGAUGGCGGAAGGCAAAUGGCAGAAGAUGCGUUCCAAGCAGGAAGGCCUGUCGCCGAGAAUGCCGCGGAUGGUUUUCGUACGAUGGCCUCCGAACUCAACGAGGUCGGAAGAACAUUGUUUGCCGCAUUCGAAAGCGAGUUUGGCCGCGCUACAUCAACAGCCUCUACGUCGACCUCGACUUCCGAGGUGCCAACCCCUGGACCGUCAGCGUCGUUCUUGAACACUACUGCAGGCAAUGGCUCUGCGGCUACGGGCACUAUGUAUUCCCAAAACCCAGAUGGACAUCAUUCAAGCAAAGCCACGAACGAGAAAUCAACAGCAGGCCCAGGCCAAUCGAACCUCUCUCAUACUGCACAAGCAGGAGUACCCCCCAUCCAAAGUCACCAUGGUCGUCAAUCUAUUCCCACCCACCCAAAUCAUUGGGCACCUCCCUCAUGGCCUGCUCCAAUGUGGAAUCCGUUCCAAACUUAUAACGUACCCCCGCCUCCCUGUCCUCCUCUACCGUCGGCAUCGUUGCCGAAUCUGAAUUACUGGCCGCCUGCGCCUCCGCCUCCGCCUCCUGCUGUGUUCAAUCCACCGUUGGAUGCUAGACGGACAUCACAAGUGCAGCCUGGAGAAUCAAGAAACAAAUUAGCAACUAAGUCCUUGUUCAUUGGGAACGUUGGUUUCAAGGUUACCAACAAGAUGAUACAGGAUGUGUUCGCUGCCAAGGGAUUCCUCGUCAAGGUGGAUCUCCCGCUAGAUACCACAUCAGGAAGACAUGCAGGCUUCGGCUACGUUAAUUUUCCCUCGGACUAUCCGGCUUUUGCUGCAAUUGAGGCAUUGCAAGGUGCUGUCAUUGACGGUCAUUCGAUAAACCUGGAGCCUAUGUAUCAUCCCGCAAUCGAAAGUGUGCGUCCGGCGCAGGUUCCACCCAAUGCCGCUACAACCGUACGCGAUACUCAGGCCAAAAACUUUCAGUCUGGAAUGAGCAAUACCGUAUUGGGACCCUCUGCGUCCCCGCUUGCUGUCAAGUCACGAAUGAGCUCGUCUCAGCCUGGUAAAACGGAGAACCGCAGAAAAUCUGUCGGUUUCGUAAACCUCACGCAAAACAUUGAUUCUGCUCCACCCCAGACAGGAUCAUCCGCACUACUUGACUCUCCAAGCGACGACCCUGCAUUCAGCGCACGUUUUCCUUCGCUUUUGCCCGAGACGAGCACACAGCAUAACGAUUCAUUAGGCGGUCGGGGUGUUUCCUCGCUUUCGAACACGGAGUCUCCUUUCCCACCCGUGUCUCAAUGGGAGGCACAGCUUCUUGCAAAUCGGCAGGAACCACGUGAAACAGAACCUAUAACUGGUGCUUUGGAUGGUCAAUCGCCAAAUUCAGAACACUGCGAGGGAGUCUCAACUCACAUUUUACCCGUGCAUCCUACACCGAAGGGAAUUGGUCACUCUCAACCUGCUUCCACUUCCAACGAGGCUAUGCGCCCAGGCCAUGCGCCCAAGCUGAAGCGCCGAGCGACUGAGCACACAACUCAUAAAUCAAAUGAUUUGCAAGCUGCGGAGAUCGGCCGUCAUAAUCCCCCCAAGCAUUCUUCAAGUAUGCGUCGUCCUGGGGAUAGAUCACAUGGUCCCGCGGAAACAGACACAUGGGCCCGUCUAUCUAGGCGAGAACGGAGUGCUGCAUCUUCACACGAACAAAUUCCCGGAAGCUUCCCGGUGGAAGAUACCACGGCAGAAGUCACGACGAGGGCCGGACCCUCUGAUACACUUGAUGCCAGUGUUCCCGAAACUGAUAAUGCGGCAAUCGAACGAUGUGUUUCUGCUCUUAUCGAUAUGGGCUACGGGGCUGGACAGGAGGGUGGACGGUCGAGGAUGGCUGUGUACGCGGCGAUAGUAGAUGGUGUCCUCAUGGAUGCGAUUGAUAUGAUUGAAGAGGAAAGACAGGCUUAUGAACGGCGGCCUUCACAGUGA